GCCCCGUCCCGCGGCGGCAGGGCUGGGCCGGGCCGGGCCGGGCCAGGGGAGGAGCGGCGGGAGACGGAAGUGAAAACAAGAGCGGGGGGACGGAGCUGCCGCCUCGCAGACGCGCCGCGGUGUCCUCGCCUCUCCGCGCCGUGCCGCACCGCCGGGCAUCAGUUCUUUGGAUUUGGUCCUUGAAUACUAAACAUCAUGAGCAACUACAGCGUGUCUUUGGUUGGGCCAGCUCCCUGGGGAUUCAGGCUUCAGGGAGGCAAGGAUUUCAAUGUGCCUCUGUCUAUCUCUCGACUUAAUGAUGGUGGCAAGGCAGCCCAAGCACAUGUGGGGAUUGGUGACGUGGUUCUCACCAUUGAUGGGAUAAGCACAGAUGGGAUGACUCAUCUAGAAGCACAAAACAAGAUCAAGGCAUGUACAGGCAAUUUGAACAUGACUCUGCAAAGAGUGUCUUCUAUACAAAAACCUGAUCAUUUUCAUGUGACAAAGGCAGAACCUACCGAAGUAGUUAAGCCUGUGCCAAUUGCCUCUGCUGUUGCACCCAAAGUCACUGCCACAACGAGCGUGGCUUUCAAUAAGACACCGAGGCCGUUUGGAGCUGUAACCUCCUCCAAGGUCACCUCCAUCCCGUCACCGUCCUCCGCCUUCACGCCGGCGCAGGCGUCGGCCGCAUCCCCGUGUGCCGUGCCCGGAGCGCAUGCUAACGCCAAGCCUAACGCUGAGCCGUGGCCACCUGUGCCGGGCGCUCCUAAACCUGCAGUUCCUGUCCCACGGCAGCACGGUGCCGCCCCGAGCGCCUCGGCCGCCGACGGCGCCCAGGACGCAGCCGAGGGGCCGCGACGAGGAGGCAGAGAGAACCAGGGGGAGAGUAAACAGCAAAAUGGGAAAAACCCACCCAAACGCCCCCCGCGGAAGCACAUCGUGGACACCUACACGGAGUUCUACCACACGCCCACCCACAGCGACGCCAGCAAGAAGCGGCUGAUUGAAGACACCGAGGACUGGCACCCCCGCACAGGCACCACCCAGUCCCGCUCCUUCCGCAUCCUCGCCCAGAUCACUGGCACUGAUCACAUGAAAGAACCAGAAAAUGACGCUGGGAAGAAGACUAAGAAAAGGCAAACAGAAAAUGGAGACUUCAGCAUACCUGCAGAUGUACCUGAUGGAAUAGAAACCCAGGAUGCCUGUGUUAAUUUAAAUAAAAACUCCAUAGCUACCCGGACUUUGGAGAUGCCACCUGCACCAGAAUUUCCAUCCACACCUUUACCACCUUUGAGUGGAAACAAUGCUAGUCCAGAACCUGCAGCUGCCCUUUUGCCGGUAACAGAUUCCCACCCUGGCAGUGUCCCCUCUCCCAAACUUUCUGAACAUAUUGCUGCUCCAGUUCCUGCAAGGCAUGAAGCAUCUCUGCUUACUUGUGAAACAAAUUCUUUCAAUAAAAUCUCAAGCUUUCAGUCUAAAUCAUCUGUAAGUCAUACAAGCUUCUGCACUGCAAAAGUAAUGCUGGAAGAUCCUUCGGGAAAUCUGCCGAUCCUUGGACCCUCUCCUCCUCCAGUUCUUUCUCCUUUUGAGCAGAGAUCAAAAAUUAAGAGCAUGGCUGCUGCUGCAGUGUCUGCUGCUAUUGCUGUCCGGGCCAGACUCCAUGAGCCUAGUGCCUGCCGCUCGCUGCUGGAUGCCCUGCUCAUCACGCCUGUCACUAAGCCUCCUCUGCAGGCCACCGCACCCUCCAGGAAGUCCACAAGCGCUCUGGAGUUGCCAAAGAGCCAGAGUGAUUCCCUGGAAGCUGCCCAGCCCGCCCCGGUGAGGAGCGUCCCUGCCUGCCAGGACAGUGUGGAUGUGAGACCUGCUCCUGCCAACACCACACCUGCUGCAGUCCUCAAGCCAACGGCACCCCUGGGUUCUGCCAAGGGCUGGCAGCCUCCAAACCAAGCAGCUCCUGUCAGUGGAUGGGCAUCAAACAGUAUUAAAUCACCUGGAAAAACUGCCCCGAGUGAAAAACCUGCAACAACACCUCAGCUAAAUGAGCAAGACACGUUGGUUCAGCGAGCGGAGCAUAUUCCAGCGGGGAAGCGCACUCCCAUGUGUGCACACUGCAACCAGGUCAUUAGAGGACCCUUCUUGGUGGCUUUGGGAAAGUCAUGGCAUCCAGAGGAGUUUAAUUGUGCCCACUGCAAAACCUCAAUGGCAUACAUUGGAUUUGUGGAAGAGAAAGGGAUGCUGUAUUGUGAGGUCUGCUAUGAGAAGUUCUUUGCCCCUGAGUGUUCAAAGUGCCAGAGGAAGAUCCUUGGGGAAGUAAUAAAUGCUUUGAAACAAACUUGGCACGUUUCCUGCUUCGUGUGUGUGGCCUGUCAUAACCCCAUCCGCAAUAAUGUCUUUCACUUAGAAGAUGGUGAUCCCUACUGUGAGACGGAUUACUACGCCCUCUUUGGUACGAUGUGCCACGGCUGUGAAUUCCCCAUUGAAGCUGGAGACAGGUUUCUUGAAGCCCUGGGCCACACUUGGCAUGACACUUGCUUUGUAUGCUCUGUAUGUAGUGACAGCUUGGAGGGCCAGACUUUCUUCUCCAAGAAGGACAAGCCACUGUGCAAGAAACACGCCCACUCUAUCAACAUCUGAUACUUGGAGCUCAUCUUGUGUAACAAAUGUACUGAGCAGAAAGGUUAAAAUGUCCAAUAAUUGGUUAAAAUUAUUUAUAUACAAUUUUUCUAAAAUGGAAGAGAGAUGUGGAAACUUGAAGAAGGGAUUGUACACUAAUUUUUCAGAGUGUUUAUCAUUUACAAUUUUGCCUCAUAAAAAAGAAAGGCGUCAGGAAUUGCACCCAAGACAAACAAUUAGAGUGUCUUUAUCUCUAUGCUACGCACAUUACUGUUUUUCAUGAUUUUAUGACCACAUUUUUAUCUGUUUCAUUAUGAGAAGUGAAGUAUCUAUAAAAGUAAAUACCUGAUAUUAGAAGUCUCAGUCUUGCUGCUGUUCAACAAAUAAAAGGAGAUUGGAUUCAGCAAUCCAGAUCACAUUAUUUUGGUGAUGUUUUUAAAGCAUGUCCAAAAGUAUUGCAGCUAAACUCCAUUAAAAGGAACUCAAAGAUAAGAUUACAUAAAAUAUAUGGUUCCAAAACUUAUUUUUUUUAACCUGAUAUUCAAAUACAGACAGCCUCCUACACAACUACGUGUACCUGUGCCUUUGCACUUAAAUUUCCCAUGGGUUUGUCCCAAGAGAUAGAGGUUUUUCCAAAGCAUUUAAGUGGCUAUGCUGGUAAAAAAGAAUAUUUAGAAGAUGCCACUUAAUAGAAAAUAUAAAUGGGAUACUUUUCUGUAACUCCUGUGCCUACCAGGACACUAGCCAAAACUCUCUGCUGCUGGGGGUAUGUUUGAUAGGAUGAAAAUGUCAGAUCACAUCUUAAAGGAACAGGGAUUUCCACUCUUCUGUUUGCGGUUCAGGUUUCAGGUAGUUUUAAGUGCCUUGGAAAGGGGAAAUUGUGCUGAAUCUGCAGGUAACAGUGUUUUGUGUCCAGAAUAUGAGAUCCUGGUGUUGAAUGAGGGAAGCUGCUGAAGUGCAGCUGAGGACAUUGGUUUUUUCUCAGUACAUUCUUUACCACGUAGCUCAUGAAUAUGUAUACUGGUGGUGUGCCAGGUAGCAUACUGAAAACUUAAACUUUCUUGCUCAGCUGUUAUGAUUUUUAUUAGUUUAGGUUUUAUGUUUCUCUUUUCUUACAAAUGUAGGGAAUGCAUUGAAAAAUGAUAUUCCACUGGUUUAAGCAGCUCAGUACCUCUCAGAACUUGCAAGGGAGCAGGGAGACAAUGCUGUCAUUAGGCAUUUGCCAUGGGCCAGGUCAGCCAUUCAGUGGCUUGAUACAAAUUUUGCAUCCACACAGAGAGGCAGUGCAAGACCAGCUCAGUCCCCCUUAGCCUCAAAUUAGGGCUUAACUGGUUUAAUUGGAGCAAUCGCAGGCAGCCAGGGAGGAGGUGGUGCUCCUCUGCACAGGGUGAAUUUGCUUCAGCAGAAUUGUGCAACAGAGAAGGGUGCUCUCGGGACCAGAGCAGAUUCCUGAAGGAAACUGAAUUUACUUGCUGUUUGAUUCAACUGGGGUGUCACAAUGAAAAGAAUGUUAGUCUUUAGUGCUCUUUCUAGUAGACAUUAAAAAUAACCAUUUACUGGUUUUGUUGUUGUGGGGUGGAUUUUUUUACUGAUUCAACAAAUGAUUUUAUCCAUAAAACCAUUUGUGGAUAAAAAAGUCACAAAAAUUUGCCACAGUUGAGUAAAGCAAUUGUAACGAGGAACAUCAACAAAAGAGGUGGAAAGAAAACCAAAAUUGCUGUACUGAAAUAUGAAAAGAUACUUGGCUUUUUAUUAAUUUGGUGAGACAGGUUCACAUUGUGGGGCUGUUUCAUUUUAUUUCCUGAAGUUGUUUUUAUUCAAUAUUACCACAUUUCUUUCUUAACUCCCAGUGGUACAGAAGAGAUUUGGUAAAUUUGAUGAAUGUUGGUAAAUAAGAAGAAAUUUGGUGGUACGGUAUAAAGUUGUUUAAAAUGUUUACACUCUUGUAGAUGUACCCUUUUGUGAGUUUGGCUGAAAAUCAGAAGGGUGGAAGCAGACUGGACAAGAUACAGUAACAUAUAAGCCAGGUUACUUUUAAAAUUAAGUGGAAUGUGGAGAAAUGAGACCUACAGACUGGGUUUCACUGGAGCUUUAUUGCACAUAUGUGAGGGAAGAGGGAGGGAAAUGCACAGAAAAAGGCGUUCCAUAAUUUCUGCGAUUCAAACCUCGCAGUUUUAACAUAGGAUAAAAACUUCUCAGUUUGUCAUUGUCCUUAAAAUCCAAUUAAAUUUUGUUUACCCUCAUAAUUUUAAUUGGAAUUUUAUUUUUUAAUCCAUAUGCUCUAGGGUUUGAAAUUUUGCAGUUGUUAAUGAAUUUGAGGACAAAAGCCUGAAAGGCUCUAAUAGAACUGCUUCAUUUAGCUGCUUUGCCUUUUAAUUUCUGCUUUUAUCUGUUUGUUUAAAAUUUUAAAGGAAGCAUAUAGUCACUGAUAGAUAAUGAAUAUUUAAUGGCUUUACCAAAUUAUAUAAAUCAAUUAAAAGGAACAUAAUUUUUAUCGUUAUUUUAAUAAGUGAGAUUUUAGUAGAGCACUUUAUAAUAAUGCCAUAUAUCUCACUGAAUAUUUAUUACCUUUUUUGUUGUUGUUGUUUAGAACUAUUUCAUCCUGGUAUUAUUUGUUUUAUUCGUAAGCCUGCCUUUACCUCUAGAGUCUUUUGGGGUCUGAGUGUGUCUUCUUUCUACAUGUGCACGUACGCAUGUGCAUUGAGAGAAAUAAGGAUAUAUGUGUAUUUGAAUGCAGACUUAACAUAGCAAAAAAUCACUUGGGGAUUUUGUGAGAUUCCCAACUGUUUUUCACACAACACACAUAUAGCAUUCAUGUUAUAAGGGAAUAUUACAGAGUCAAGACAGAUAUAUUAGUAACCUAACUACUGUAAAUCUUUGCAUGCAUUUUCAAUCAUUGUUUUUCUUCCAAAGCUGCCUGUGGGAGAAUUUGGCUUAACUCUGUUUGAAGGUGAAAUGUCUUUAUAAGUGAAUAAUUGAUCCAUGAUGACAGUUUCAGUAUGUUGUAAUGAAAUAAUUCAGGAUUACAUAUAAAUAUAAAUGCUUAAUAUAACAAUGCCAUAAACUUAAAAGCAGGAGUUGAGUUGUG